AUGGAGCCGCCAGUAGUCCCUGCUGGGAAACCAGUGCUGGGGGGAGAGAAGUGCCGCCCUGUUGCUGGGGGAGGCAGCACUCGCUGCAGGCUGACCCUGGUCUCCAUCCUCCUGGGUGCCAUCACGGCCAGCUGUGGUGGGAUCCUGAUGGGUGAGUCCAUCCCUGCGGAAAUUUGAUUCAUUUCUCAAACUUGCCUUACUUUCUUAAAUUUGUGUACCCUGUUUCCCUUCUUUGUCAGGCGUUUACACCUGAAUUCAUUGCAAUAUCUCAUUAGCAUUACAGUCAUACCUCGGGUUACAGACGCUUCAGGUUGCGUUUUUUCGGGUUAUGGACGCGCUGAAACCUGGAAGUACUGGAGCGGGUUACUUCCGGGUUUUGGCAGUCGCACAUGCACAGAAGCGCCGAAUCACAACCUGCGCGUGUGCAGACCCUGCGGGUUGCGAAUGCUGUGGGUUGCAAACUUGCCUCCAGCAUGGAUCGCAACCCAAGUGUCCACUGUACUUCAUUCAUUUUGUAAUGUUUAUGUGCUGCUUGGCAGCCUGUCCAACAGGUGCAGAUUGGGGUGCUUCUGUCCCGGCUUCUGCCCCCCCCCAACGCUGGUGCUUUUACACCAACCCACCCUGUGCCUCUUCCUCUCUGCAGCCUUCCUGGUGAAGCAGGAGUUCCUGGCAGAUCACCUGGUGGAGCUGCAGGGCCUCCGUUAUGAGAGCAGCCUGCAGUGCCCGAGCUCCAACUAUCGCCGCACCUUGACCCCCGUCCUGGAGAGGCUGGUGAGGGCAGAGAGAAGAGCCCCUGUGGGGCGUGGGUGGAUGUGUGGUUCUGCAGAUGAAUCCUCCCCCAUAAGCACUGGAGGAGCUGGGGGUUUGGGGUGGCCAUGGCAGGCUUUGAUUUCUGAUCCCUUCAAGGCAGGAGCAAUACGGGAUUUAGGGGGCUGCAGGCGAGGCAACACAAAAUUGAAAACAUCAAUCACUGAUAAGAUCCAUGUGGGGGCGCCAAAUUUUGGCCUUGCACAGGGCGCCAUAUCACCACUCUUUCCUGCUGGGGGUGCAGGGGGGAGGUUCGCUGACAGUGGGGAGCCAGCUGUAAAUCACACUUAGCAAGCUGGAGUUCAUGCUCUCUUAGCAAAAACAGAAGUGUCAGGCCUAAUGAACACAGCAGCUCACCUCUGGUAGGUCUUGCUCCCAUGAAGCGGUUGCUGAGGCUAAAGGUCCCCAUCUCCCCACAUCUAUCUAAGUAUCCUCCACCCCAGGGUUUCUCCCAAGCAAUCAGAGACUGUAUCUGCAUGCAGCCAACCUCUCCCCUGCCCUCUUCAUGCCUCUUCUUGUUCUGGGAGAACAGCGGGGAGGAGAGCUUGUUGGCACAGGAGUGGGAGACCCCUCCUGACUUCCCAGCCAGACUCCUCUCUGCCUCUUGGCCUCCUUCCUCUCCUGUUUCAGCUUCUGCCUCCGAUUCUGUACUCCUCUCUGCCACAGACUCUCCCCGCUCACAAAGCCCUGUUACCUCUACCUCGUCUUCUCCCUCUUCUACCUCGUCCUCGUCCCCCCAGGCUCUGGGCCUUCUUUCUUGGGGGUUCCCCCAGCUGGUUCCUCCCACCAUUCCUCUGCGUUCAACCAGUUCAUGACAGUCACCCGUUUGCCCCCCCCCCUUUUCUGUCCUGUCUCAGUUUAAAAGCAGCUUUCAGAACUCAGCCCUGGAAGGGACCUGUGACAGGUGCUCCGUCUUGCAAUACAGGUAGGCUAAGCCAUGGAGUGUGCCCUGCCCUGCCCUGCCCUGGUGCUGCAGGUGAGGGGAAGCAGCCUGGCCCCCACCUCCUGCGCUUGUGUCUCCACUUGGCAGGAAGGGCAAUGCCAGCAUCCUGGUCCACUUCCGCCUAUGGUUCUCCUCGCAGCCGCUCAGCCCAGACGCAGAAGAGCAGGCGCUGGAGAGGGGCCUGGCAGCUGCGCUGGGCAAUGGAGGAAUCACCCUGCCCUCCUACGGCACCAUCUGGGCAGCCUCUCUCACAGGUAGCAUGGCAUCAUCCCUCGCCCAUCAUCCAGGGGUAGGGAGGGCAGGCAUGCAGGUGGCCUCGCCUUCUUCUCAUCACCCCCCUGUGAGGUAGGCUAGGAUGCAAGCAAGAUCAGUCCCUGCCUGAGUGCAGAAAUUCAGAUAGGGGCCUCCUAAUCCUCCUGCCAGUCACUGCAACCUUCUCACCCUGGGGGCGAGAUGGCAGCUUUUGCAUCUCAACAAGGAAGGUGAGGGGAGAGCUGAGGCUUCCUCAUUGGAUGGUAGCCAAAAGGUUUGGCCAGAGGGAGCUUAGAAAAUCUUUGCACUCUGUGUAGGGGGAGCCGUGGCAAUGAAUGCGGGGGCUUUGUCCACACACACACACACACACACACACACACCUGUCCUCAUCAUGAUAUUGUUAAAUAUUUGUAUACUGCCCUAUACUUGUUGAUCUCAGGGCAGUGCACAAGAUAAAGUUACAAUAUAAAAACACAGAAUACAUGAUAAAAGUAAAAAUCAAGACUACCCAGUAAUCUCCCCUUAAGCACAAGUUGUCCCCCAAAGGAACCCAGGAACUACAGUUUGCCUCUCAUGGAGGUACAACCCCAGCCCCCUUAAAUUACAGCUCCCAGGAUUGGGGGGGGGGCAGGGAGCCAUGGGUCCAGAGCCCUGUGGGUUCAAGAGACUUGCUGGGGAUUUCAGGAGAGGAGGGGUCCCAGUUCUGGGCCAGAGUGGCCUCCAUGGGGAGCAUUUGGGCUUUUGGAGACCAGCCCCCAUUCUUCACCCCCCCCCCUCUCUCACAGGGCUGAGCAGCGACUCCCCUUCAGGAACAGGACUGAAAUCAGGUAGGCUUUUUUUAACAUUUUGUGAGCUCAGGGCGUGGGUGGAGAGCAAAACAGUUUUAUUCUCUGCAAAGCCCAUGGGCUUCCGGUCAUGCUGGCUCUGCGGGAAGCAGACGGCCAGUUGCUGGGCAUCUUAAGCAGGCAGGAGGACCUGCUUGGGGAUUCCCAUGGCAAGGCGAGGUCCAGCUUCCACAGGGCUCCCCCGAGGACCUUGACCCUCCCCAAAGAGCAGCUGCCUCGGGGGAAAGAGGCUGGGACCCAUCCUGCUACCACCCUUGCAGGCACCUGCCCAGGGACAGUCUUCACCUGCCACAGCGGCCAGUGUGUGCCACGUGAGAACGUGGAGUGCGAUGACCGGAGUGACUGCCUGGACGGGUCCGAUGAGGCAGAGUGCGGUGGGUCCUAGUCUUCUCCUUCCUCUCCUUCCUCCUUUGCCCCUCCUUCUUCUAGGGGUGCUGGGACAUUCCCAUCCAGGGGUGGUCUCCCCUGGGUCUCUCUCUUCAUUCCAUAUCCUGGCGGGGAUUUCCCCCACGUGGUUUCAAGGGUGAAGCAAAGGGGCCUCUAUGGUGGUUGCAUUAAACCAGGGGUCAGCAAGGUUUAUCUUGCCUGGGCCAGAUUGGUCCUGCAGAGAUCCCUCUGUGGGCUGGAUCGUGCGUGUGCAUGAGCACAUGCACCCACAAUUUUCGGCAUCUGCACAUGCGCAGAUGCAAUUUUCGGCACUGUGGAAGCGAGUCGCUGCACCGUGCUGCGCCAGUUUAGCGCAGCAUGUGAGCGGGCAGCUCGUGGACCUGUCAAACGACCUCUGCAGGCUGCUUCUGGCCAAUGGGCCUUAGGUUGCUGACCCCUGCAUUAAACAAUUAAAUGUGCCAAAAGGAAGGCGUUAAGAUGAACACUGGAAGUGGCAGGUGGGAGCUGCCAUCUCAGAAACGGACUCCCCCUCCAGGAGAAUGCUUCUUACUGCCUGCUGCUGGCACCUCCUUGUAUCAAUGAACAUAAGAACAGCCCUUUGAAAGCCGUCCAAGCUGGUGGCCGUAGUCCAUGGUUUCACCAAGUGAAGGAUUUUCUUUCUCUGGGUUCUGAAUCCCUCUGCUUACUGCUGCCACCUGGGGGCAGAUAAUUGUACCUGCAGCCUCUUUUUAACCAUUCUGCUGCCACCUGGUGGCAUGUUGGAGUUACUGCAGACCAUUUCUACCCCUGAGUGGGGACUGCUGACCCCCCCCCCCUUGUAUCUUGCAGACUGUGGGUCUCGGCCGGCCAUACAGGCAGCCAACCGGAUUGUCGGGGGAUCGGAGGCCACUCGGGGGGAGUUCCCCUGGCAAGUCAGCCUGCGGGAGAACAACGAGCACUUCUGUGGGGCCACAAUCCUGGCUGCCAAGUGGCUGGUGUCUGCAGCACACUGCUUCAACGAGUAAGCCCGGCCGGACCCAUUUCCUUGCUUUUCCCGCAAGAGACUGAGUGCACCAUGCCUUGCUGGGUUGUGGCAAGUGGGCAGCUCUCUGGUGCUGAGAACCUUGCAGGGUUAGGGAAAGAGACUGGAGGUGGGUGGGUGGCACGUAGGGCAGCUGCUGGGUCUCAGGCCUUUGGUGUGUCAGGGGCUCACCCUGCAUGCAAAGACAGACUCCGAUGGACAGAGCAGAUGAGACCGAGUGUGGGUCCAGCAGCCAAGAAGGCAGGUUCUGCCUGUGCCGGUGAGGGAAGUGUGGCUAUUCAACCAAUAACAUUAUUAACAAGUCAUGGUGCUUUUAAUAAACACAUUCCAGAUAUAUUUGUAUUUAUCCACACAGUAUCUGCAAGAGCUGCCAUCUCCUAUCCAUUGUUCAAAGUGGCCCAUGUCAAAAUCUCCCCAUUGAAUCAAUAUCAGUCUAUUGGCAGACGGAAGGGUGCAAGGAGUCCAUUGAUGGGCCCUGAAGCUCUCCUGCUGCCAACAGGUUCCAGGAUCCGGGCACCUGGACGGCCCAUGCAGGCACCGUCUGGCUGAGCGGCAGCGAGAGCAGUGCAGUGAAGACUGGUGUGAGCCACAUCCUCAAGCACCCCUCCUAUGACACAGACACGGCCGACUAUGAUGUGGCGCUGCUGGCGCUCUCUGAGCCUUUGCCCUUCGGCAAGUACGUCCAGCCCGCCUGCCUGCCGGCCUCCAGCCAUAUCUUCCCCUCUGGCAAGAAGUGCUCCAUCUCCGGCUGGGGUUACCUCAAGGAGGACUUUUGUAAGCACAACCUUUGGCGAGGAAAAAGUGGAAGAAGGAGUGGGGGCCACGGCUCGGCCGAACCUACCUCCCAGGGCUCCUGUGGAGAGGGGGGUGGUGUGGCUCAGGCAGGGCUACUACAGGGGGCAAAAGGGGCUGAGCUCUGCACUGAAUUGGGCAACUGUCCCCCUGAGGGAUCCAUCUGAGGAGGAGCUCUCCUUGGCUUCACAGACAGCAUUGUACGGUGGGUAGUUUUGCCACAGGCAGGGAGGUAAAGGUGAGCCUUGCUGUGGUUGAGCACUCCAGCCUCGGUUGUUCCCUCAGUGUGCUGCUCCCUACUGGGGGGCAGGUGGGGACCUUAAGGUUGCUUUUCUGCACAAAGGUUGAGGUUGCUGCUGCUCCACCUCCUUCCCCACCUCCUCUUCCCUCUCGUUGCCCCUGGCUAGCUUCACCCAAAGGAACAUUGUUUGGGGCAGGAGGAACUGAGCACCCCCAUUUCUCUGUUAAUCCUGAGAUACCAGCCAACCCUUAGCACAGAUUUGGUUUGAUUUAAGAUUGUUCUUCUGCUUUCCCAGCAAGAAAUGUGGAGCUCGCAAUAGCAGCAGCAUUUUAAAAAGCGAGUGAACAGACAUUGCAAUUACUAUAAGGGAAAGCACAGCAACAUUUUGAAAAGAGCAGCAGCAACAAGUUCAUCAGAAGAAUUACACACAGGUCCAGUUAUCCAAACUCUCCUUCAGACAAAAAAUUUUUUUAAAAAUCCUUGUUCAAACGUGACAAAUUCAUACCAAAACCUCACCAUACAAGCUGUGGAUUCAAAUAUCCAAACAGCCAGGGCUGCAUUUUGUACUUCAAGGAAACAAGCAGCCUUAAAGAAUCCUGACUUCUUUUGUUUUGCUUGUCCACAGCAGCCGUUCCAUCAGAAAAUAUGGUGUGGAUUUGAAGAGAGCAUUUCCUGCUUCCUUGUUUGCCUUUUGCAAAGUUUCAGGAUUUCCCCCUGGGGUUUCUAAUAAUUUUUGGGUCAAAAUUAGAAAUGAAUUCAUAGGAACUGAUGAAAAUGAUUGCCUUGUUAUGCAAAUGCAGACCUAGCAAAUGAUUUAGUGAGAAUGCUUUGCAUUCUGAUGGUGGGACCUGUGUGGAAUGCAAUUCAACAAUCCCAUGGCCAUUCAGUUCAGUGCCUGCCCCUCAGCUGCCCUGCCCUGGAGAGCUCAGGGUGCCUGGAACUGGCAGGAGGAGUUCCUGUCAGGAUGCGUCCACCUGAAUUGCCCUCAGGCCUUGCCACUGGGCUCCACCUUCUCUCUCUCCUCAGUGGUGAAGCCGGAGCUGCUGCAGAAGGCCGUGGUGGAGCUGUUGGACCAGACACUAUGCGCCAGCCUGUACAGCAACGCCCUCACCGACCGGAUGCUGUGUGCCGGCUACCUGGAGGGCAAAGUUGACUCCUGCCAGGUAUGGCCAGAAGCAGCCUCUGGGAGAGGGCGUGUCUGCUUGCAGCGGGAGCUCCGGGAGGAGGCCUCUGGCAUGCCACAGUGCCCUUCUUCUCUCCUCUUCUCACCUACAGGGGGAUUCUGGGGGCCCACUGGUCUGUGAGGAGCCCUCAGGCCGCUUCUUCCUGGCCGGAAUCGUCAGCUGGGGCAUCGGCUGUGCGGAGGCCAAGCGCCCAGGGGUCUAUGCCCGGGUCACCAGGCUGCGGAACUGGAUCCAUGACACCAUGGCCACGUUCACGGCCCCACCAGGCCUCACCCUCCCCUCGACGGCCUCCACCACCCUCCUCCCUCUGGCGUCCACCAAGGGCACCACCACUGGCAAACCCCUACCCAGCCCCACCACGACCGGGGGCAGGCCAGCUGCCACAGUACCACGGCCCCAAGGUAGAGAGCCCCCAGCCAUGAACAGGGCCCAGCUGGACUCCUCCUGGGGCUUGGGGCACAGCUGUUGCAGCUCACCCUUCUUUUUCUUUGUGCAGAGUGCGGCCGCCGGCCCGGCUUCUCCAAGCCCAUCAAGAUUGUGGGGGGCCUGGAUGCUUCCCGCGGGGAGGUCCCCUGGCAGGUCAGCCUGAAGGAGGGGCUGCACCACUUCUGUGGGGCCACCAUCAUCGGGGAACGGUGGCUCCUUUCAGCUGCCCACUGCUUCAACCAGUAAGUAGGGAGAAAGGUGGUUGCCUCAGGUCCAAAUUGUAGAGUUCGAAGGGGACCCCCAGGAGCCACCCAGGCCAACCCCCUGCAAUGUAGGAACUGCCGCUAAAGAAUCCCAGACAACACUAAGGUUGCAGGUUUGAUCCCCGUUUGGGACAGUUGCCUCUUCCUACAUUGCAGGGGGUUGGCAUAGAGGAGCAGGGUCCCUUCCAGCUGUACAGUUCUGGGAUUCCAUGCCUGCCUGGGAUUCCACUCCCUGCUUAAAAGGAGGAAGAAGGGUGCCCCACUUUCCAAUCAGCACCCUCCACUCUCUGGAAUUGGGAAAUGGAACCUGGGAACGUCUGCAAAUGGGGACUCAGGUGCCGUAAUGGUUGUAGCUUCGUGUGGCACCUUAAGGGCAAUUGAUGUCACCAAUCCGCACUAUCAGUUGGCACUGGGGGACACCAAACCACCCAUUUCCCCAGAACCAGGAGAAAUUCCACCCACAGCAAGAGGGUCCUGGGUUGGGCGGAGGAGGCUUAGUGGGCAAUUUCCGAUUGCUUGAAAGCUGUGGGGACUUUCAGUCUUGGCAACUGAUUUUCAUGCAGUGAGACCACUGGGAUCCUGCUCAGCCAAGUCUGUGGAGGUUGUGUUUUUGCAAAGAAAGAGUUCUCUCCAACUUUGAACUGGCUGAUUAUUGACUGACAGGCUGUUGUGACUCAGGAGGAGAGGAAGGAGCUGGGUGGGGGAGAGACCCCUUUGUGGGCAUGGUGACCCCCAGAGAUGAGCCCCCCCCCAUUCACCCACCUGCCCCUGGCCUGGCCGCCACUAAUGGUCUGUCUGCGCCUGUGUCUCGUUUCUGCCCGUGCUGGUAGCACCAAGGUGGAGUACCUGACAGCCUUUGCAGGCACCACCUGGCUGUCGGCGGCAGAUAGCAGCUCUGUGAAGGUGAGCAUAAGGCAGGUGGUGCUGCACCCGUCCUACAACCCGGCCCUGCUGGACUUUGACGUGGCCGUCCUGGAGCUGGAGCGCCCCCUCCCCUUCGGCAAGGUCAUCCAGCCCAUCUGCCUCCCUCUGGCCGUCCACAAGUUCCCCGUGGGCAGGAAGUGCAUGAUCUCCGGCUGGGGGAGCCUCCAGGAAGGCAAUGGUAAGCACUUCCCCCUCCCCCUUGCAGGGAGUGCAGGAGCCAAGGAGGCAGGCCGUUGGAUCCAUCUAGCUCCCUGCAGUCUACACUGACUGGUAGCAGCAGUUUCAAGCAGGGAGCCUUUUCCAAACCCUGCUUGGAGAUGCUGCAGAGGACAAAUAGCUCAGUGGGUGGAGCAUGAGACUCUGAAUCUCAGGUUCAUGGGUUUGAGCCGCAUAUUGGGCAAAAGAUUCCUGCAUUGCACAGAAUUGCACUAGAUGACCCUCAGGGUCCCUUCCUCCCACAACUGAACCUUUCUGCAUGCAAAUCAGGCUGCUGAGCUAGUAGGGAAAGGAUACAGUGGUGCCUCGCAAGACGAAAUUAAUCCGUUCCGCAAGAGUCUUCGUCUAGCGGUUUUUUCGUCUUGCGAAGCAAGCCCAUUGACGGAUUAGCGCUAUUAGCGCUAUCAGCUGUUUAGCGGCUAUUAAAGGCUUAAAGGCUUAGGGGAUUAGCUGCUAAAAGGCUAUUAAAGGCUAUUAAAGGCUUAGCAGAUUAGAUAAAGGGGGAAAAGCGAAAAAAAUCUCAAGACUCGCAAGGUAUUUUCGUCUUGCGAAGCAAGCCCAUAGGGGAAUUCGUCCUGCGAAGCAACUUCAAAACGGAAAACCCUUUCGUCUAGCGGUUUUUCCGUCUUGCGAGGCAUUCGUCUUGCGGGGCACCACUGUAUUCCAGAAUGUUCAGCUUUAAAAACAACACACGCACUUUUGUAUGUGGAUCCUCCAUGUGCAGGAGCAGUCUACCCGGGCUGUUUCACAGAAUUGUAGAGUUGGAAGAGGUUCUGAGGCAUGCCACUAGUCCAGCCCAUUGCAAUGCAGGAAUCUCAACUCAAGCAUCCCUGACAGAUCCCUGCUCAAAAACCUCCACCGCCUUCCAAGGGAGUCUGUUCCACCAUCAAAUGGCUCAUGUCUUCAAAAUGUUCUUCCUAAUGUUUAGUCAGAAUUGCCUUCCUUGCAAGCUGAACCUGUAAGUUCGAGUCCUGCCCCUCAGAGCUGCAGAAAACAAACUGGCUCCACCUUCCAUGUGGCAGCCCUUCAGAUAUUUGAAGAUGGCCACCCCCAUAUUUCUUUUCUUCCCUCUUCCUUUCAUGGGUGUCCUGGAAACUUCCCUCCAGGAGCUACUGGACACUGCUCUGCCCCCUGGCCUGACCUUCGCUCCUCCCCUCCCUGCAGCCUCCAAGCCAGAGACCCUCCAGAGAGCCUCUGUGGGAAUAAUUGACCAGAAAACCUGCAAUGUCCUCUACAACUUCUCCCUGACAGAGCAGAUGAUCUGUGCUGGGUUCCUGGAUGGAAAGGUUGACUCCUGUCAGGUGAGGGUGACUGAGGGUGGCCAGCCUGGGAUGCCCCAUUCCUACUCAGCUUCCAAAGUGCACCUGAUCACAGAGCUGGGUGCUCAUUGGAAGGCCCCUGUUUUGAAGUGUAACGUUCCCCCUGCAGAGCAGGCCACUCUGGUUAAAAGGACCUUCUUUGGGGGCCCCAGGGCUCUUUUUCCAGACACACUAGGGGCCACUUUGCCUCUGGGACUUGGUGAGUCUAACCCUGUGAGACUCCAGAGGGAGCUUCUCCUGUCUGGGAAGCUUUGUUAGCCCUUGCUGAGCUGGUUGCUCCCAUCUCUCCCCGCAGGGCGACUCGGGAGGGCCCCUGGCCUGUGAGGAGACGCCAGGCGUGUUCUACCUGGCGGGACUGGUCAGUUGGGGGGUCGGCUGUGCGCAGGCCAGGAGACCCGGUGUCUACUCCCGCAUCACCAAGCUCAAGGCCUGGAUCCUGGAAACGAUCUCACCAUGCCCUAGCACCACAACCAAGGCCGCGACCACAUCCAGCACCACAACCAAGGCCACAACCAGUGGCAGCGCCUCCUCACCCUCCCCCAGCCUGUCUUUGGCUAGUCAAAGGACCACCCAGGCCAGCCUCAGGGUCACCCCCAGCACAGCCAGGCCACCAACCAACACCCCGAGAGCCACCCAGUUCGCAGGUACAUGGCGAGGACACGAAUGGGCAGAGGCUGAGCAUAUAAAUAAUAAAUUAUUGUGAUUAUUAGCAGGGUGCCAGGUGAAGGCUGAUGCCCUCAGGAGCCUGCCCUUCAAGGCAGGGGGUGCAGGACACUGCAGGGGUCAUCUUUCUUACUGUGAGAGACUAAACAUGGCCGCUGCCCCACUGGGAAGCCUCUCCUUUGGGCUGGGCCUGUCACUGUGCCCAGCCCUUUUGUGGCCCACACAGCUGUGCCCAGCGAGCUGGGGGACCCCUGUGCAGGCCAAGAGGGUGGAGGGUCUCAGCUCCCCCAUUAACUUGCUCCCCACCCUCCCUGCCCCCAGCUGUGCCCUGCACCCCAUCCACCUUCAAGUGCUCUGGCAAAGUCUGCAUUGGGAAAGCAAACCCUGAAUGUGACGGCGUCAUGGACUGCAGCAACGGCAGGGACGAGGCCAACUGCAGUAAGUGACCUCCCCUCUCCCCUAGUCCACAUUUAGCUCUGCUCACCCCCAACCAGACGGUGGGGGGGGGGGCAAGCAACGUGGCGGGGGGCUCACAAGGGUGUCCUCUCAGCCUGCUUCUCUUCCCACCCACCUAGACUGUGGCUCGACCUCAGCUUUGGCCUUCAGCAAGAUCGUGGGGGGCAGUGGCGCAGCACGAGGGGAGUGGCCGUGGCAAGCGAGCCUGUGGCUGCGGAGGAAGGAGCACAAGUGUGGGGCGGUGGUGGUGGCUGACCGCUGGCUUCUCUCGGCUGCCCACUGCUUCGAUGUGUGAGUUGGGGGGCUGGGAUGAGCGCUGGGGGUGGGGAGAGGUGGCAUGUGAGUCGGGGGGGGGAGGAAGGGGGUCUUUCUGCAGCCAUUGCUCCCCUGCUCCAGGAACAAGCUCCUUGCUGGUGAAGAAGAGGACCCCAUCCUCUGUGCCUCCCCAAGCCAGCAAUGUUUUCAUGGCACAGGAGGGCACUGCCAGACCUCCCUCCCUCCCUUUCCUGUGAGCCCCCAACCAAGGCCAGUCCACUCAAGAGGUGAGAUGAGGCAACUGCCUCAGGUGGCAGGAUCCAUUGGGGCAGCAGGUGCAGUCUCCAAGGAAUGCACCAAGGUGAAGGGGAGGGGCUGCUGGUCUCCUCCCACCCUUGUUCCUGAUGUAGAUCUUUACUCCUGGCUGCGAAGUGGAGGGAGCCACUGGGUGGUUCUCCUCAGGGGCCAAAAUGUCUUGGGCCAGCCCUGCCCCCCCUUUUCCCUGGAGACUGGGGAGACGGGGCAGGCCUUGGGCUGGCCAAGGGUCCCAGGUGCACCGUCCUUCUCAGCUACAGCGACCCCAAGAUGUGGGUGGCCGUCCUGGGGACACCCUUCCUGAGCGGCCUGGACGGGCGGGUGGAGAAGGUGUUCCAGAUCCACAAGCACCCCUUCUACAACAUCUACACACUGGAUUAUGAUGUGGCGCUGCUGGAGCUGGCCUCCCCGCUGAGCUUCACCAGCACCGUCAAGCCUAUCUGCCUGCCAGACCACGCCCACCUCUUCGGCCAGGAUGCCCGCUGCGUCAUCACCGGCUGGGGCUCCACCAAGGAGGGAGGUAGGAGGGAACCUCUUCCCGGCUGGGUGGGGGAGCGCCCCAAAGAGGCAGCUCUGGCCCUCGGACCACUCCGGCUUCCCUCAAAACCCAGGCAGCCAAGCAGCCUCGGAUCAGCUGGCUGGCUCUAUGGGGUGCCCACAGGCAAAGGGCAGGAUUGGGCCCUGGGCCUUCCUCGCUGUGAGUCUCCUGCCCCCUCUCGCUGCCGGAAAGCCCAAUUCCACUCUGCCCUCCCCUGCAGGGCUGAUGGCGAGGCAGCUGCAGAAGGCGGCCGUCAACCUCAUCGCGGAGCAGGACUGCCGCCGCUUCUACCCCGUCCAGAUCAGCAGCCGGAUGGUCUGCGCCGGGUUCCUGCAGGGGUCCGUUGACAGCUGCUCUGUGAGUCUUGGGCGCCUCUUCCGGAGGGCUCACACCACCUCCCCCUCAGCCCUGACUGCACCAGGUGGGAUGGGAGGGAAGCCCACAGCUGGCCAGAAAUGGCUGGAGCUGGGGGUGCUUAUGAGAGGGGAGGAGGGAGAGAAGGCAGUUUGCAGGGCCUGGGGGGUCCCCUUGCCCCAGAGCUCCGUCCCCGCUCCCAAGGACACUCAGUGCCUUCUCCCUCCUCUGCAGGGUGAUGCCGGCGGCCCCCUGGCCUGCAAAGAGGCUUCGGGAAGGUGGUUCCUGGCGGGCAUCACCAGCUGGGGCUACGGCUGCGCCCGCCCUUACUUCCCGGGGGUCUACGCCCGAGUGACAGCCGUGCGGGGCUGGAUUGCGCAGAACCUCAAGGCGUGA